AUGGCUGUUAAGGGUUUAGGUCAACCAGAUCAAAAAUACGACGGUUCUAAAUUGAGAGUCGGUAUCAUUCAUGCUCGUUGGAACAAGGAAGUUAUCAAUGCGUUGGUGGAUGGUGCCAUCAAAAGACUUCAAUCUUUAGGUGUAACCGAUGAUAACAUUGUUUUAGAAUCAGUUCCUGGCUCUUUUGAAUUACCAUACGGUGUUGAAAGAUUCGUUCAAAAGCAGAAAGAAAAGAAUGAACCUUUGGAUGCUGUGAUUCCUAUUGGUGUCUUGAUUAAGGGCAGUACUAUGCAUUUUGAAUACAUUUCUGACUCCACAACUCAUGCAAUUAUGGCUCUUUCUAGUAAACUAGGAAUUCCUGUAAUCUUUGGUUUAUUAACAUGUUUAACAGAGGAACAAGCCUUGGCCAGAGCAGGCAUUGACGAAGGAAAGACAAUGCAUAACCAUGGUGAAGAUUGGGGUGCAGCAGCCGUUGAAAUGGCUAUUAAGUUCAACUAA